AUGACUACAACGGAACCGGACCGCGAGCUUACCGUGGACGAGGAAUAUGAUUUGUGGAAAUCAAAUGUGCCCUUGAUGUACGACUUUGUUAGCGAGACGAAGCUCCUAUGGCCAUCACUUACCAUUCAAUGGUUACCAGGUAAUGCAGAAUCCGCACAACAGGAGCUGAUAUUGGGCACACAUACGUCUGGAGAAGAGCAGAACUACCUGAAGAUUGCAUCUGUGACUCUGCCAGAUGAGAUUCUCAAAGGCGAGAAAGACGAAUCGGCAACAGGACAAGAAGACGGCGGUGCAUCCGGCAGCGAUGACCAACUAGUUAAAUCAAAGAUCAAAAUCAUCAAAAAAUUCGAACACAAUCAGGAAAUUACCAGAGCUCGCUACGCACCAUUCAAUAACAACCUGAUAGCAACCAUAAACGGCUCGGGUACCGUUUACCUGUAUGAUAGAAAUCAAGAGAAAGAGCAUGCUCUAAGAGUGGAAUUUGCAUUUCACAAAGAGAAUGGAUAUGGACUCAAUUUCAGCGUUGCAUCACCAGGAGAUCUCUUGUCGAGUUCAGACGAUGGAUCAAUUGCUUUGUGGGAUGUACAGGCUGCCGGAAGAACGCCGACAAAGGUUGACACCAAUCACACCGACAUCGUGAAUGAAGCAAAAUGGCACGAGACGAACCCAAAUAUGUAUGGCUCGGUCUCUGAAGACAAGACGCUGAUGUUACAUGAUAAGAGACAAGAUAAUCCCCUUGCUGUUUUGCCACAAUCCGAACCAUUUAAUACUUUGGCAUUCAGCAAACACUCUAUCAAUUUAUUUGCAGCAGCAGGCACAGAUUCUCAAGUUUAUGUUUACGAUUUGCGUAAGCCUGUUAGUCCGCUGCACAGCAUGUCAGGACAUCAAGAUGCCGUUACGAGCUUAGAGUUCGCCUCUCAUAGAGAUGGCAUUCUGUGUUCCGGCGGCUCUGAUCGGAGAGUCUUGAUGUGGGAUCUAUUUCAAAUAGGUGCAGAGCAACCCCAAGAAGAUGCCGAUGACGGUGUUCCAGAACUGCUUAUGAUGCACGCUGGUCAUAAGAGCGCUGUAAAUGACUUUUCAUGCAAUUCCAGCAUACCUUGGCUCAUGGCAAGUGUGGAAGAAGAAAACAUCGUGCAGAUUUGGAAACCUUCCAAUAAACUGACUAACCCAUACGUUCCUAAAGAUUACGAUAUACACUCACUCGAGUGA